AUGUUCGGUUUAACGACAACUUCUAACGGCUAUCAGGAAGGAAUACAAAGUCUAUAUAAUUUAAGUGGCAUACAGGCUUUUAAAAGCAUUCAUGGUGGUGAUGUGACGGAGUACAGCGUAAUUGCAGUGUCAGAACACUGCCGUAUGCUUAUCGUGUGUCAGUGGUACUCAAGACAAUCGUCUGAUGUGCUUCGUCUUUUGUUUUCAAUUUGCAAGUACACAGAGUAA